AUGAAUCGUGAACCACAACGCGAACCAACUUUCUUCGAUAACGUGAAUAGAGCCUUUACUGGUUUGAACCAUGACAUUAGUAAAGAUACUCAAGAACAUUUGCGCAAUGUAUACGCCACUGUUGGAGCUGGAAUCUUCAGCAGUGCUCUUGGUGUAGCUUUCUAUUUCCUCACAGGAUUCACACAAGGCCUUUUCUUCUCUCUUGCGAGUUUCUAUUUGAUUUAUAAAGUUUAUACCACUGGACCUGAGACUGAUGCCAACAGAAUGGCCAUGUUCUUGGCUUUCUGCGGAAUUAACGGAAUUGGACUGGGACCACUUAUUCACGUCACUCUUGAAAUUGAUGGUUCUAUUCUUCUAACAUCUAUCUUGGCAUCAGCAGCUAUUUUCGGUUGCUUCACCAUGGCUGCUUUGAAAGCUACCAGUACUAAGUAUCUCCAUCUUGGAGGAACUUUAUCGUCCGCCCUUCUCUUCCUUCUCUUCGGUUCUUUCUUCCUGUCUCACUCCGUUUUACUCUGGGGAGGUCUGGCUGUUGCAUGCGGAUUCAUACUGUAUGACACUCAAAUGAUUGUUGAGAAGAAUCGUCGUGGAGACAAUGACUAUCUUCGUCACGCUUUAGAGCUCUUCAUUGACUUCGCCAAUGUCUUCAGGCACAUCCUUAUUCUUCUCGCUCAGAAGAAAGACAACGAGCGCAGAAACAAGAGAAAGGAUUAG